AAGUUGAAGCCCAGUGAAGUAAAGUGUGAACGCCUUAAUUAUGAUUGACUAAAAAUAGUUUAAAAACCCUGGUCUGGCACAGCGACUCUCACUCCCUGAGUCCUACAGAGAUGCCAUCACUCUGAGAGACGAGUCCACAGACCUGGACACCCGCAGCUGACGAGACCUAGCUCCAGCAGGACCCCAAAAGCAGAAGGGGACAUCGACAACCUUACCUGAUGAUCUGCCAUCAAGCCAGGCCAGACAGGAGGAGGGAAAUACAGGAGUGGGCUCUUGAGCUGAAGAAAGACACCCCCACCCCCACGCAUCAGACCACACACGAGGUGCAGAACCCACUUCUCCCAGGAGAACUAGAUUCCAAUAAGUGUGGACAUAUAUCAAGAGAAAAGGAAGAGGCAGGGGAACUGGAAGCCAGCCCUGGAGGUUCUCUGGCAGACAUGCCAUUUGCUGCUGAAGAUAUUCAAGAUGACAGUGGAAUCCCUGAUGUAUCUCAAGGAACCUCAAAGAGAAGCAAAGAAAAUAGAGGCGACAAGAAUCAUGUGAAGAAGAGGAAAAGGGCCAAAAAAGAUUAUCAGCCCAACUAUUUCCUGUCUAUUCCAAUCACCAACAAAAAGAUUACAGCUGGAAUUAGAGUCUUGCAAAGUUCGAUACUCCAACAGGAUGAGCGACUGACCAAAGCCAUGGUCGGCAAUGGCUCCUUUCAUGUUACCUUGCUAGUGAUGCAGUUAUUAAACGAAGAUGAAGUAAACACCGGUGCCAAUGCACUUUUGGAAUUGAAGCCAUUCAUUGAGGAGAUCCUUGAAGGGAAACACUUGACUCUGCCCUUCCAAGGGGUUGAUACUUUCCAAGGGCAGGUUGGCUUUGUGAAGCUGGCAGACGGAGAUCACAUCAGGGCCCUCCUGGAGAUAGCAGAGAUUGCGAAAAGAACCUUUCAGGAAAAAGGCAUCAUGGCUGGAGAAAGCAGACCUUUUAAGCCUCACCUGACCUUUAUGAAGCUGUCUAAAGCACCAGUGCUGUGGAAGCAGGGAGUGAGAAAAAUAGAGCCUGGCUUGUAUGAACAGUUUAUCAACCACAGAUUUGGAGAGGAAAUACUGUACCAGAUAGAUCUCUGCUCCAUGCUGAAGAAAAAACAGAGCAAUGGUUAUUACCACUGUGAGUCUUCCAUCGUGAUUGGUGAGAAGGACCGAAGGGAGCCUGAGGAUGCUGAACUGGUCAGGCUCAGUAAGAGGCUGGUGGAGAACGCUGUGCUCAAGGCUGUCCAGCAGUACCUAGAAGAGACACAGAACAAAAAGCAGCCAGGGGAGGGGAACUCCACCAAAGCUGAGGAGGGAGAUCAGAAUGGUGACCGCAGUGAUAACAACCGGAAGUGAGAGCUGAAUCGGGUCCACUGACCCUCUGCUGAGCCGCAGACUAACUCGCAGUGUGCUAGUGAAGUGUCUUGUUCAAGCCCUGGAGAUCACCUAAUACUUCUAUGAUUGAUGCGAUUGAUGUGUUCGGUUUUGCUGCGACACAACAGAAAAGAAUGGGGUGCUGGGACCAGCAGAAGAAAUUAUUUUACAGAAGAACAACACUAAGCCCAUGUGCCAUCAACCACGCACAAGGGAGAGCGGGCGCUUCGGGACCUCCUGCCUGACUCAGAAGGCAGAGGGAGAGGACUUGCCACCAUCCAAAUACUGCCGUUUACAUUGCUUCGAUCCUUUGACUACUUUAUCUGAGGCCAAAACUUGCACACAGCUAUCAAGUGCUAAGUUCGGUUUGUCACUGUUGAAAUGACCAUGAGUAUAGUGAGUCCACAUGUUUCCUGUUUGUCCCCCAUGUGUUGUUUGUUACCACACGGUGAUCUUUAUUUACAGUAAAUUAAGUUUUGUGUAAAUUACAUAUUUUUGGCAAAAUGCAAUCUUUUCUAUGAAAUGUGGGUAAUGUUUUAAAGGGUUUUAAGCCUUAUUUUGAUAAGUCAGUGUGCCAUAUUUAAUGUGCUUCAUUGAUAUUUGUAGUUUAAAUGUAUUAUAUAAUUUCCCCCCUUAGGCAAGAAACCACUUGGAACCCAAGACUUAAUCAGUGAAGCUUUGCACCGAGAAAGGAUGGAGCUGAAAUCCAAAGUGAAACAGAUCAAAGAACUUUUGUUAACACCUGAGAUUCAGGCCAAGAUUAGAAAGGAGCUUUUUGAAGGAAGAGUUUUUAAUAAUGGUAAUCCAACAAACGAUGCUGAUUUCAACAUGAUUUUGCCAUAGCUCUCCACUGUUGUUAUGCAUGGUAAAAUGUUUAUGAACUCUCAGCCCAUUAAGUAGCUCUUUGGUGAGUAACCAAAGUAUUCUUACUGUUUCUACAAAGCCCACAAACCAACAUUUGGUAAGGAAUUAACAACUUCUUGCCAAAGAAAACAUAAUUUUGCCUUAUCAUGGUCAUCAUCACCAUCAUCACCAUCAUCGUCAUCAUCAUCAUCAUCGUUAUCGUCGUCAUUAUCAUCACCAUAAAGUUGAGUUUUAGAAUGUUCAUCUUGGUAUCUUUGACUCAUUUUAUAGAAAGAACUUCUUAAUUAGCUGUUGUAAGAUCUUCCAUGGGGUCCUUGCAGAUAAUAUUGCGCAUAUAUACUCUCUAUAUAUGCACACACACUAUGAAAAAUCCUUUAUAGACAAAACCAACAAAAUAAAACCAACAACAGUAUUCUAAGGGUCCUCCUAUUGAUGUGUCCCUUGUUACUUCAGAGGAAGUGUCGCCUGGGCUUGUCCAGUCUCACAGUCCUUUUACUGAGAGUUUGAAUGCUUAUUGAUAUCAGUACUUGAAUGAACAUUAGUAAGAUAAUCAUUGUCAUGGGUUAAGAAUGUUUUAUAAUAUCCAUAUUAUUACUUUGUUGUCAUGGGUUAAGAAUGUUUUAUAAUAUCCAUAUUAUUACUUUUCACUGAUGAAAGUACAGUUGCAUUUUUUUUAUUUCUUAGUGAAGAAUGUUCAGGGUUCUUAUUUCCUACUCUUAUGAAGAUAAGCCCAAGGCUGUGUUCUUCACAAUUUGAGUAGUUUGCACUGGUUCAUUUAUAAACGAGCAUUCUUGAGGUGUUUACCCCCAUAUGAUGUUUAUUUGUAACAGCUCUUUGGAUGGUUACUUUAAAAUUGCUGCUACUAAUAGAUGAUGGGGAAGAUGAUGAGAGAUUAAGUGUGUAAUCAUCUCACACACUGUCCAGUUUGCUAUUUUUUGUGUAUUUUGGCUAUUUUUUUCACUGGGUAAAUGAUACUACAUUAAGUCAUGAUGUAUUCCUUUAUACGUUCCUACAUUUUCAUGCUCUGGAAUAAAAGUACUCUUUCC